AUGACCGAACCGAUGGCAAGUGCCACAUCCAUCGCCGACAGGUUUCGGGCACAAGUUUCCCGCAGAAAUAUCAAUACGGAAGCUAUCAUUGAAGCCCCAUUAGUCCAUCUUGACGAUGAUGAGCUAGAGGAGGAUGUGCGACAAUUUGCCGAGAACUUACCCGGUGUUCCUUUCCAACGAAUUCUGAGAGCAGCCCAAGUGUCAAAGGAGAUCCGGGCAUAUACAGACGAGGGCUUGGAAGAUUCUCUACCCAUUAAGUUGGAACCAAAGGAACGAAUAGCGCUUAAGGCAGAGAGAGACAAAGCAUUCUCCCAAAGUGGUAUGACGGUGAUUGUCGUCACUGUGGCACUAGCAGCUCUGCUACAAGGCCAUGUUCAAGCUUCGAUCAAUGCCGGCAGUAUCUACGCGAGACUUCUUCAAGAAAAGGUCUCCAGCACAACAGAUCGGAGUGAUUUGGUGUGGCAGCUCGGUGGAAUGAACUCGGCGCCAUUCCUAGCCGCUGCUAUCUUGGGCGCUCCGAUGUCACUCCCGCUAAACUACUGGAUGGGGAGACAAGGUGCUAUCGCUGUUGCGGCCGCAUUAAUCUUUGCGAGCUCUUUGGCUUCUGGAUUUGUGCACACAUGGCAGGAGCUUCUCGGUGUUAGGAUUGUCAACGGCAUUGGUGAGUCGAAAAUUCCAUAUUCUGUGUUUCCUAAACAAUUCACGUCGCCACAAGGCCAUGAGAUCCGACUGAUACGUUCAAUUGACAAAUUUCAGGGGAUGGGUAUCAAAGCCGUCAGCACGCCGAUCUUGGCAUCUGAGACUGCGAUUGAUCAAUGGAGAGGCUCUUCGAUCUUAAUGUGGCAACUAUGGGUUGCUUUUGGUAUCAUGUUAGGAAACGCCAUCAACUUAAUUCUUGCUGGGGCUGUGGGGGCUCUGGAUUUUCCACUUGAACCAAAGGACAGUACUGCCUCUCUUGAUGUCAAAGGCGACUUGGCGCUUCGAUUAAUCUUAGCCGCUCCCAUGGUCCCGGCUGUUUUCACGCUCAUUGCACUAGCAUAUUGCAUGGAGAGCCCGCGAUUCUAUAUGCAGAAGAACACACCAAACUAUAGACCCAUGCGUGCCUAUGAAAUCCUGUCUAAAGUCCGGAACACGCAGCUUCAAGCUCUUCGAGAUAUUUAUCUUAUCCACAUGAACGUUGAAUACGAAGAGGCACAGAAUCUACCGGAGACGCCUCAUGAAUCAGGCGUGUCUACGGAGAACCAAAAACAGGGUCUAACAUUCGCGAAUCACAUGUCAUUCGCCUUAUCAGAUGCCUAUCGGCAAUACAGCCACCUCCUGACUACUCCACGACUGCGAAAUGCAGUCUGGAGCACGUGCAUAGUGGCUCUCGCACAGCAGCUUUGUGGAAUCAAUGUUUUCGCCUUCUACUCAAACAAUUUCUUCAUCAAAGGAGACCCGAGCCCUCGCAACGCCAUGCUUUACAGCUUAGGCUUUGGUGCCAUCAAUUUCCUAUUCGGCCUUCUCGCAAUUAGAUCUAUUGACGUCUUCGGGAGACGGCGGUGGCUACUCGUCACACUGCCAUUGAUGUGCAUUCUUUUAGCCGCAGCGGCCAUGUCGUUCUGUCGGAUUAGAAGUCCAAUUCGACCGCGGCAUAUAGCCGACUGCGCAGGGGCCAAUUAG